AAACUUGUAAACCAAAGAUGGAUGUGUGCAAAACUGAAGCAUGCGAGUCCUUAUCUCAAAGAAUGCUCAGUUCCAUAGACUUCAGUGCCAGGCCUUGCGAUGACUUCUACAGAUUCGCUUGCAGACGUUUUGAGGACACUGCUGAAAUAGAUUAUGACCAGGCCGAGAAUUCAUCAAUUCCUCAAGUGAAAGUCAAGCUCCAGGAACAACUGAAAGUUAUUCUUUCUGAAAAGCCCAACCCUGACGAUCCAUUGCCGUAUAGAAACUUGAAGAAUCUAUUCUCACUAUGCAUGGACGAAGAGGCCAUCAACAGUCGAGGUAUAAGCCACGCUGUAGCCUUGCUGCAGAAAGCUGGAGGAUGGCCUGUGUUGGGAAACUGGCAGGAAGAAAACUGGGAUUUCCUUGACACUGAAAUAAAACUGAGAAAUCUCUCUAUUGGAGGUGGCAACCUCUUUCACGUCUACAUCUCGAUCGAUACCAAGAAUACAACCCGCAGGAUUCUUAUGGUAGACCAGGCUAAUCUAGGCCUUUUCCGAGAUUAUUUGAUCAGGGGAGAGGAGGACCCUGCAGUGAAAGACUACUACAACUACAUGGUAGAUAUGGCUGUGUUGUACGGGGCUGACAGGGAAACUGCUAAAAAACAGCUAAGGGACUGUCUGCUGUUCGAGAUAGAACUUGCCAAGUUAACUGUUCCAAAUGAAGAACGGAGAGAUUUUGACAGAAUGUACAACAUUUAUACUCUUCCUGAUCUCACAAAGGAGAUUCCAUGGGUUGACUGGAAGAAACUUCUCAAAAGUAUCAUGCCGGAAGACGUUCCACUACGGGAAAAUGAAAUGAUGAACGUGAAGGAAGUCAAUUUUCUGAAGGAGUUAGAAAAGUUGUUGUCUAAGCACCCAAACCAAGUGUUGGCCAACUACAUGGGUUGGCACGCUGCUAAUGGAUUGUCAGGAGCGCUUACGGAUGAGAUGAGGAACAGAAAGCAGGAGUACAAGAGCACCCUACUAGGUACCACGGCCAGGGAUCCUAGAUGGAAGGAGUGUGUAGGCGUGGCUAAUAGAGACCUUAAAAUAGCACUGGCUUCACUGUAUGUAAAGAGGUUUUUUGACAAAACGUCGAGAAAGGAAGCUUUCGAUAUGGCGGAGAAGAUAAGGCAGGAAAUGUACAAAGUACUUCAAGAAGUGGACUGGAUGGACAACGUAACAAGGUCCCAAGCUCUGUACAAGGUUCAAAAGAUCCAGGAAUACAUUGGAUAUCCCGACGAGUUGUUGGAUAUAUCCAAGAUUGAGCAGUUAUAUGAAGGACUGGUCUUGGACGGAAAACACUACCUAGAGGAGAGACUGAAGUUGUCCAGAUGGGGAGAAAACUACGCCUACAGACAGCUGAGGGAACCUGUCAACAAUACAGACUGGCGGGAACACAGUGAUGUAGCCAUAGUCAACGCCGAAUACAAAUCUUAUGAGAACUCUAUUUUGAUUCCAGCUGGCAUUCUGCAGCUGCCAUUUUUCGACGCAAAGCUGCCCAAAUAUGUCAACUACGCAGCGAUUGGCUUCUUCAUGGCGCACGAGAUAACCCAUGGGUUUGACGAUCAGGGUAGCCAGUUUGACUUCAACGGAGACCUCAAGGAAUGGUGGACCGAAGGCAGCAGGAAUAUAUUCAACGAGAAGAAGCGAUGUUUCAUAGACCAGUACAGCAACUUUGUGGACUCCAAGACUAGUUUGCAUCUCAACGGCAUUAAUACCCAGGGUGAGAAUUUGGCGGAUAACGGUGGUAUCAAACUAGCCUACCGAGCCUACAAGAGACUCAACCUAAACGAGCCUCGUCUGCCAGGACUGCAGAACUACACCCAGGAUCAGCUGUUUAUGCUCAGCAUGGCCACCAUGUGGUGCACCAGAUAUCGUCCCCAGAUACUCAAGCUCACGAUUACUUCAGAUGUUCACUCUCCAGCAGAGUUCCGUGUCAACGGUCCACUCAAGAACUUCCCUGAGUUCUCUAAGAUCUUCAGGUGUUCAGACAAUGAUGCGAUGAACCCUCGACAUAGGUGUGUGGUUUGGUGACCUUACUUCUACCAGCGACAUUAAAUGGAAAAGAAAAUUAGUAAACACAUCCUGUAUGUUGUCUAUGGGAAUAGUUAAACUAUUGUUGUAAAGGUAUGAUCAAAUCUUUUAAACCUAAAACUCCAUAAGUCCAGUACUCAGACCUUUAGUUAACAAAUUAGUUUUUUCAGCUACAUUCUAAGUUUCCUGCGAUACUGGUCCACCAAUAAAAUGUUUAGCUCCAAAAUUAACUACGAUUCCUAAAAUGACAACAAUAUUCUUCCCCUUGUUUUUGAAAGUACUGUUUAAUCUGUUAAACCUCCAUAAUCAGAUCUUGCUCAUAAAAGCAUGAGUCUCUAGGAGGGAGGGUAAUUACUAUAAGGAGUAAGAUUUAUCUCUUGGUACUAAAUUAAAAGUUUUUAAAGUAAAAAAUAAACUUCAGCAUGAGCAUAUUCUCUAAAAUACUCUUGAAUGAUGGAUUAGCUGAAGACAGAUAAGUUCAAUUCAAGCCUAUAUUGUUUAAUAUAAGUAUAAUAAAUUCUAACACAAUUAUCUGUAAUAGGUAAUACCCACUGAAUACAGCUGUCCAUAUAAUGUAAACUAUAAAAAAGUGCGUACAAAUUGUAAAACCUACCUUUAAAUAAAAGUAAAAUGCCAGUGUACUCAAAAAAUAUAGUACAAAGUGAAAAAUUGUAGUUGUAUUGAGCAAAGAUUACACUGAAGAUUACCUGAUAUAGGGGAAAAAAGUUUUGAUCAAAUAAUGAUUAUUUUACUUAGCCCUCUCCCACCAAAACUUCAUCCUUAAUUACUGAGGCAAUGCAUUGUUAGAACACUUUGGUUUAAUAGGAAAUAUGAUGUUUAUCUAUAGAUAGGCUAUUAUUAAUUAAUUAGUAAUCAAUGCAUUAAUUUUCAGUUUGUACUGUAUUUUAUAAUACAGUGCAUACUGAGGAUGGUUUGUCAAAUUUGAUGGAUAAAAUACAUUAAAAUUUGAUAUCUUCAGUAUUUGGUAAUGCUUUUAGAGAAAUGCUUUUAGUAUGUUAUAUAACAUUACUUUAGUAAGCAGAUUGGAGAAUUUAGGUUUUACUUUAUAUACAUUAUGUUAAAGGUAUGAGCCCCGUGAGUGUAAUAUAAUCAUUUAGUUAUAACUCUAGCGAGGUAAGAAAAAGCACAAUAAAUCUUAGUAAUAUGUAUUGCACUGUAAUAAAAUAAUACUGAGAUAAGAAAGGUAAUAUAUUCGUAUCUUAUCCUGAGUAAUUAAUAUGGUACUCGGAUAUGUAUUGUACUGUAUAUAUGAUUGUUAA